AAAAACAUUUUUUUGGAGAAAGGAAAGAAACUCCAAAAAAUCGCCAACAAGUUGUCAAGCGUCGAGAUGCCUCAGUGCGAGUGCAGCUUGAAACAACUGAAUAAAUCUAUGGACUCUUACAUCACCAAACUCAUGUUGCAGAACGAGUCCUCAGAGGCGGCCAUAGCGGAGAGGAGGAAAAAGUUACACCAGCUAUCUUGUGCCAUACGGGCUGAUGAAGAUUACCAGCGGCUAGCAACAGGAAACAUAGCGAAACUAGAGGAACUCACUGAAGCACUUGACGCUCGUCACAAGGAACAGAUGAAAGAGCGGCAGAAACAGCUGAAGUCUUUGAAGAAGGAAUUAUCUGAAGUUGAAAUGCUUUCAAAUGAAGCAGAGAUUGCUUGUAAAGCCUUAUCAAGCGCAAGACAUAUUGAACGAAUUAACCUAUUUCUGUAGUUUCUCAAAGGAUUAAAAGUUAUUUUUGAGUAUUUUGGGAUAUAUUUCAUUUUGUGCUUGGUAAUAAAUAUAUGUUUUGUUUUUUGUUGAUUCUAAAACGAGAAUGUUUUAUUAGUUGCUUACAUGAAUAUAAUUUCUCGCAUUUGAACUUUUAUAAAAUUACUAAGGCAGUCCUUUGAAUUAUUUGUAAUUCUAAGUUUAUUAUUCCAUUAAGAUAGCUAACUAGAUAAAGUGUAAAUUGUGUUUGUCCUAUUCUUUUAAAUUUCUUAAUUGUUACGGUGGUCAAGUUUGCAUUCCCAGAUAUAGAAGUGUUUUAAAUGGGAUAGUUGAAAAAACGCCAUGCUUUAGACUACAUAAUUUUUUUUUCCAGUUUUCUAAUCUGUUAUUUUAAAAGCGAAUAAAGGAGUUUUUAGUUUUGUAAUCUGGCAUGGUUUAAAGUAAUAUGUCGGCUUCUUUUUAUUAAAAGUUGUAUUAUUUUUAAUUUGAAGAAAAAUAGCUUUCAGUCUUGAUUAUAUUUUAAACUACCGAAAGGUUAUAAUGGUUGAAAGAAUUGGAUUUAUUUGCCUUUAUACUUUAGAUUAAGGUAUGAUGUUUUUGUACACGAUCUUUAGGAAAAGCAGUUUAGGGGGACUCGGUAAGCUCCAAUUUAUCUGGAAAUAUGCCAGAUUUCUAAAUAAAGUAUUACAAGUAAAUUUCUUGCAUUGCAUAACCCAGU